AUGGCUUUGAUUUUGAGAUUUGUCAACAAUCAAGGCCAGGUGAUUGAGAAAUUUCUUGGAAUUGAACAUGUUACAGAUACAAGCUCAUCUUCACUUAAACAAGCUUUAGAUGGCGCUCGCCCUGGUCCUCUGCGCAUCAGCUGCACAAGAAACCCCCCCCAGCAGCCCGCCUGUCAUUGGCAUCUUCCCCCAACCGCCUCCUGCUUCACUCGGUCAUCUGGGCUCUUGGCUCAUACCCACAACGUGGGCGUGACCAGAACGAAAUUGUCGCUCAACUCGCGUGUCGCUCGCAUAAUUCUAUUCUCCAUACCGCUCUCUUCUCCCUCGUCUCGUUCAGCAACCACUCCCGUGGACACGGCAAGGCAGGGCCGGGCCUCUGCGCACGGCGUCCGGCCGGCUACAACCCCUAGCCGUGGCCAUGGCGGCGGCCAGCCCCGCCCCCCAGUCGACCUCGGCUCUCCGGUGAGCUGCCCUCCAUGUCCUGGCCGCUCAGUCGUUCGCCGCGCCGAAUCGCCCAGGAAGAUCUGCGAUGCUCUCGUCGUUGCCGAGACUGUGAUCCAUUUCCGAGCUUCGAGGAAUCGACGAUCAAGCUUCGACGAUCAAAUGACCCAGCUCUUUGAGUUCUACAAGGCUGAAGAUUCUGAGCAUCUGUUUGGUGAAGGUUGCCUUUGGGGCAAUCUAUGCUCAGGUAAAGAAGAAGGCGUCGAGGCGGAUCCCCAGGAAUUCCAGGACUUCGACGAGUUCGAGGAUUAGGCUAGCGACCUCCCCCAGUCAGCUGCCUGUGGUGGGUUAAUUUACGUUGGCUACGUUUCUAUUCUGUGUACUUUGAUUAUAUUAUGUAAAUGACUCUAGUCUUUAAUACUAUGACUUACCCUUUAUUGUUACUCGAGGCAUUGUGCUAUGAUGAGUCAUUUAUGUAAUCGCUAUGUACGUGAGUUC